UAUUACGUGAUUUUCAAUGAAAAUUUUGCUGAAAUGUUCCUUAGCCGUGUUUGCUGCCUAAGGGGCAUCGUGCCCAGACAAACAUUACUUCCGCGAAAUGUAUUCGCUGCAAAAACACGAACAAUCUCCUGUGUUGUGACACGAUAUCCACCGUCUCUGCAGCAGCAAUUCCCCAUAGGAUCUCGUUCGGACGAAGGCUUCCAAAUUUGCGAUGAAAACAUCCAAAAAUAUCUGGAAAACAUUCGUUUAGAGUACUACUCUUUGAAAGUGAUGGAUCAACUGAACAAGAAGGAUAUCAAACGCUUGGCGCUUCUGUCGCAUGUCGUUGAAAUGUAUGAGCAGCGCCGAAUUAUUGUGGAUAAUCUUAAAUCGCUCGAGGAAAUGAACUCCGAGAAAGAUGAGGAUAUGUUACAAUUGAUGAAGGAAGAAAAAGAGGCAUAUACUAAUAUUUUGACCAAACUGGACGAUGAAAUCAUGGACGGCAUUCUUUCUAUGGAUGAAGAGGAAGAUUUUAAUUCUUUAAUCAUGGAAGUUGCUGCUGGUGUUGGUGGCAAGGAAGCAAUGCUUUUUGCACGGGAAAUUUUCGACAUGUACUGUGGGUUCAUCGAAUUCAAAGGUUGGCAAAUUGAAUAUCUCGAAACGGAGGACAGUGAACUGGGAGGUAUCCGUCAUGCUUCGAUUGUCGUAAAAGGUAGAGGUGCUUAUCGGCACUUGAAGUUCGAAGCAGGUGUACAUCGAGUUCAACGGGUUCCGGUGACAGAGAAAGCCGCAAGGAUACAUACAAGUACUGCAACCGUUUCGGUCAUUCCUCGUCCAGAUGAGUUCCAGAUUGAGCUUCACGACAAGGAUUUGAAAAUUGAAACCAAACGGGCAAGCGGAGCAGGUGGCCAGCAUGUCAAUACUACGGACAGCGCGGUACGCAUUGUUCAUUUACCUACUGGAGUUGCUGUUGAAUGUCAAACCGAACGAUCACAAGUGAAAAACAAAGAGAUUGCGAAACAGAAACUACUGGCCAAAUUAACGCAACAAGAACUUGAAACUAAAUUUAACAAUAGUAAAUCGUUGAAAAAAUCCCAAGUAGGUCUGAGUUUGCGGAACGAAAAAAUUCGUACUUAUAAUUACAGCCAGGAUCGUAUAACGGACCAUCGGGUUGAGAAUGGCACAAUACACAAUUUGAAGACUUUCCUGGAAGGGGGCCCUCAGUUAGAUGAUAUGAUUCUAAAGCUGCGGGCGGCACAUCGAAAGACACAACUGAUGGAUAUUGUUAAUAGUGUAGAGAACAAGUAGACAAUAUAUUAGAUACAAUAAUAGAUUCAUUCAAUUACCUGCAGCGUGUUAUAAUGCUUCGAGGACCGUAAUUGUUGCCAUGUCUAAAUAUAACACAAAUAAGUCUC